UUGCCUGGACUACUACGGCUGCUUUGAUAAAGCUUCUAUCGGCUGGAGGACAAAUUUGGCAGCACCUACAUUAAAAUACUUGGCGACGGCUGAUUUAAGGAAUUUAAGCCCUAACCCUUUUUCGUCAGGAACGAGCGCCGUUACGUCGGGGGAGCAGCGCGAGCCGGUAUCGCAGCGACUUUAUUAGACAGAAACCCCAAUAUUAAUCCGCUCGUUAUAGAUAAUAAUAACGCGAGAGUUUGCAAGUUGCCUCAAGACUGUAGUUGCAACUGUCAAAGGUGGAGUGGAUACGCGCAUGACCCAACACACAUUACUGUAAUACUGUACACGGCCGCCGAGAUAAUAUCCGUAUAAAAAACCGAAAUAAUCCCAAGGUAAGGAACCGAGGAGUGAACCAAAACCGACCGAGAUUUGUCGUUUCUGCUGAUUUUCCUUCGCUUCGUCUCCUUUUACUCUAACCAACUGUAUCGCUGUCGUCGAAAUUACUGCACUAAACAUAUUUUUGUGCCUCCCUUUAGCUCCAGCCAGCGCAAGGAUUUUUUUUACUCCUCCUUCGUAAUAAAGUCGCCAUUUUGCUUCACUGCCUAUAUAAACCAUCCCGUAUUCUAAUAUUUUUCCUCAAGGAGUCGGGGACCUACCUAUCUUUGCUGGCUAUUUCUGAUAUUUCUGGAGUGUUUAACGAGGAGACAGGGGUUGAAGAAGUGCCUCGUGGUAUACAUAUUAAUGCAGGAAAAGGAGGAGGGGGGCAAGGCUGUUGGAAACUGGGAAUAAGGUGAAAGUAUCCAGGAUUUCUGUUCAUGUACAGACGAAUUUGUAAUUUCUCUUCUCCUGCCCUGCUGUGUUUUUCUUCCACCUCGUCGUCGGCUGCAGAGUGUGGGGGGAACCGGACGACGGUGACGGCUGUCAGCUUCCUUUCAGGCCCCCCAACCCCAGUCUGACCGGUCGUUGACGCACAGCAGGUGUGAUUGCCAUGUAACAUAACAUUGGUGGAAAAAAACGCCCACUUAGGUGCCUGUCUCCUGACCCCCCUCCUUCCCUCACGUGGGUGACCCGGGGCCACCCUGCUCCUUGCUCUGGGUGACUGCCCCGACACUUUCAGGCAUGGAGAGCCCAAGUGGCCCCCGGCUCGGGAAGCUGUCCUCACCAGGGCUGCCAAGGGCCCGGACCCUCAAGCAUGGACAUCCCCAGGAGCCUGUCAGACCCCCACCGAGCCCUGAGAACAACAACAAACACAGUCCGCUGUGUGAUGAGCCAGCAGAGGGGAAGAGGAAAGGUCGUCCUAAAGCAGAAGUGCAGGAACUGAGAAGCAUCCCUGCCCAUAUGAUAGUACAAUGGAAGGAAGAGUUUAAGCGCCGCUCCAGGGUUAAGUGUCCGUGUUCAGGCUGCUGGUUAGAGUUUCCCAGCAUCUAUGGCGUCAAGUACCACUAUCAACGCUGCCAGGGGGCCACUGUAGCCGAGAAGCUGAGUCACGCCUGUCCCUACUGUGAGGCAGUGUUUGCUACAAAGGUGCGCCUGCAGAAGCACAAGCUGUGGAACCACCCAGACCGAGUUAGCAUGGAGCCCAAGGACGAGCAGCAAAAGCUUCAAAAGACCCCCGUCAAGUUCAACACCAAGAAAAGGCCCAUGGAGAACAGUCCUCCCUCUCCGGUGUUCUUCAAAGUGAAAAAGACCCACGAGGUGUCCACGCCCUCUCAGAACGGGGAGCUCGCCCACCAGAGGAGCGAGAGGAAACAGCACAGCCACAGCCAGCCUUCACAGCAGAUGCACCAGGCCCAGACGGUCCAGCCUCAGUCCCAGCAAUCACAGUCCCAAAGCACGUCGUCUGACGCAGGGGGCAGUGAGAGCGAGGGGGGUAGCCUUCCUCCUUCUUUUUCUGACGAAGACCCAGAGAGAAUGAGGCACAGACGGAAGCAGAAAACACCGAAGAAAUUCACAGGAGAGCAGCCGUCUAUAUCUGGAACAUUUGGAUUGAAAGGUAUGACUAAGGUGGAAGAGAAGCUGAAGGCAGGCAGAAUGAAGAGAUCAGAGGGGAGUGGGCUCAGUGAGGAACCUCAGAGGAGACCGACUCCCAGUCAGUCUUCAAAGAAAGACCACGCCACAACCAGCUCAGGUGCUGUUCCUGACGCCCAAUGGCAGCGAACCAUCUCAGAUCGAGGUGAAGUUGUGUGUCCCACCUGCUCCAUCGUCACCAGGAAAACAAUCCACGGCCUCAAGAAACACAUGGAGAUCUGUCAGAAGCUCCAGGAUGCUCUGAAGUGCCAGCAGUGCCACAAACAGUUCAGGUCAAAGGCCGGCCUCAACUACCACACCAUGGCCGAACACAGCACCAAGCCCUCGGGGAGCGAAGGCCAGCCGGGCGACAUGCACGACGAGAGAGAAAGACUGCGGCGAGUGCUUAAACAGAUGGGAAAGAUCAAGUGUCCCAGCGAGGGUUGUUCAGCACACUUUUCCAGUCUGAUGGGCUUCCAGUACCACCAAAAACGCUGUGGAGGAGAGUUCUCUGAUGAUGAGAAGCCUGUGUUUCUGUGCCAGCACUGUGGAAAAAACUACCGCUCUAAAGCUGGCAGAGACUACCAUGUGCGUACUGAGCACUCCUCAACUAUGACCAACACCAUGACAGCCACCAAUAUCAAAGACAAUAUCACUGACACCAACAACAACACCGGGGAAGACAGGGUAGUCCCAGAGGAAUCCUCAACAAUAGGCAAAAAAGAGAAGAGCCAACCCGAGAAGAAGGAUUGGCAGGAGAAAGCACCAUCAAUCCAGCCUAAGGAGAAGGAAAGAGAAGCCAGAGACUCGAACAGAGAAAAGGAAAAGGAGAGGGGAAAAGAGAAAGCAGCACAGAAUGAGAGCCAGGGGGACGACUUUGAACGCACCCCGAGUGGCAGAGUGAGGCGCCGGUCAGCUCAGGUGGCUGUUUUCCACCUGCAGGAGAUAGCAGAGGAUGAGCUCGCCAAAGACUGGGGCACCAAGAGACGCAUCAAGGAUGACCUAGUGCCUGAUAGCAAGAGGUUAAACUACACCCGUCCUGGCCUCCCAAACUUCAGCCCAGAGCUACUAGAGACCUGGAAAAACCAAGUUAAGGAAAAAGGCUUUAUCUGCUGCAUCAAUGUGAACUGUGAGGCUGUCUAUUCCAGUGUGUCAGGACUUAAAGCGCACCUUGCCAACUGCAGCCAGGGCGGUGGUGAACUGGGGAAGUAUACUUGUCUGAUUUGCCAGAAGGAGUUCAGCUCAGAGAGUGGUGUGAAGUAUCACAUCAGUAAAACACAUUCACAGAACUGGUUUCGAGCAGCAGCCACUCAAGUUGUGUCCAGUAGCAAGAGCAAAGUGCCAGAGAACGACGGGAUAAAAACUGAGGUGAGAAACGGGGCCACCACCGGUAAAAAGAGGGGACGUAAACCCAAAGAGCGCCCAGCUGUGGUAGAGCCUCUCCAAACAAAAACUGAAGCACCUACCGCUACAAACUCAGCCCCUGCGGUGAACCCUUCCUUGGGCCCGACACAGUCCCCCACCCUGAUCCCCAACCCAACGGACAGCGCUAAUUCAGGCCAAAACAGACAGCCAAUCCCCUCUGUUCCCAGACAAAGAAAACCUAAGAGGCUGUCGUUUUCAGAGUAGCUCUGCUAUUGUCGACCCAGGAGCCAGAGAGGAUGCUUACUGUAAAUGUUAUGCCAGGAAGCUUAAAGACCUUUUCCGACUCUACAAGGACUUGGCACUGAGAAGAAAGUUAAAUCCACCAUUAAGAAGUAAGACACUUAGAAAGGACUUCAAAUCCUAGUUUUAAACCCCAGAGUCAAUGUGUCUGCUGUUAUAAACAAUACUUAUGUAACAGUGGUGUUCAUUUCUCCAUUCCACUUCUUUCUCCUUUAUAAGGCACACGUUUCAGUUUGUGUACUCACAGCAGGGGUGUCAGUGAAAAUCAAAUGUAAUCCUGACUACUUCAAGAAUAGGAUUGUCUAAAGUAGUAUUUCCAACAACUGCAGAGAAAGUGUCUCUACAAGAUUUAUGUUGUGUGUGAGAGGUUUUAAAAAGGGUAUUCUAUUAGCAUGGUGAAGUCAUUUAAGGAUAGCUAGUGUUCUCACAUUUUUUCCACAGAUAUACUGUACUAUGUACAUAAACAAUAUCUAUCUCUAUAUAUCUAUAUACUCAGAACUGAUGAUGCCAUCUGUUAUUUCCAAGCCUGACAUGUCCAAUUGGACCAUGAGCAAUCCAAAUGUUUGCAGUGUGUGCUGUAGUGCAAUUAUCUUUUGAUUCUUUCUGUCUUUUCCUUUUCAUGUUUCAAAUAAGCAAACGUAAUAUAAGCUAAACGUUGGUCAGUUGUUAAUCAGAUUCCACUCUGCUAUUCCUUCAGCCAUGUAGCUAUCACCUCAGAGACAUUUAUUUUAUCUGCAUCACAUGAAAGGUAUCUGCUUUGACAACCGUAAUUGAUGUUAUAAAAUUAUUUCACUGAUCUUUUACACUGAAGUGAACAGGCAGAAUUUAAAGAGUGAUCAUUUGAGAUUUCCAUCUAUGAACAAUAAGUUACACAAAUACUUAAAAUGGUAUUGUUUGAUUGAUUUUAAACAUAAAAACUUGAAGCAUUCUGUCUAAAAUCAGACUGGUGAAGUGAAACGUCGGACAGAUGGGUGAAUUCCUUGCUUGUUGCACCAUUGCAGCACAAUCAAAUGAUGUGACACCAUUUUAAAGGAGGCCAUAUUUUGGCUACGGCUUUAGCUUGAAUCAAAGAGCUGAGGAGACAAUAAAUUUACUAUCUUUUAUAGAGAGAUUGAGGAAAACAUUAAUCUUUUAUUAAGAGAAAAAUGCAAAUGAAGAUUCACAUAUAUUGUUUAUGAAUUAUCUCCUGAAUGCUCAAAGCUAUGACCUUGCACUUUAUCCCUUAAACCUUCUCGCUCCCCUCUUGUAUUGUCUUGUAUUUUUGCACUCCAGGGGUAUUCAACCUAACCUAAUGGCUGUCAGGCAACAGGAGCAGGAAUACUUAACUCUGAGAAGAAAAAUAACUAGAGGAAUAACUAAAUUUGUCUUUAAAUGAGUAUGAGCAGCACGGUUUACUCUUGAAAAUACUAUCCAACAGGACUGUAUGAUUUUAACUCAACACAUUAAGCCAUAGCUGGUCUUGUUAAAUCUAAGGCUGCUCUACUACUUAAAGAUAGCUAAGCUCCAGAUUUUUAAAAGAAUAAUCCAAUAUUAUUUAAAAACUUUAGAAUCUAAAAUGUGUGCAAUCAGAUAAUUAUUUCACUUUAAAGUGUUGAAACUUGAAUCACAGUUAUAUUAACAAUUUGAGCAAAUGAAAACAAACUAUUUGAUGUUUGCAGUCUAUGUCCAUAAAAAUAAUGUCUUGCUUGCUUAAAAACAGAACGUAAAUCUAUUUUAUAUUCUCUAAUGUGUAUUACCUAGAUAGCAAUCUGAUAGCUUUGGAUGAAGUUGUGAUGUGAGGGUAUUUUGGUGCAUUAAUAAGGGUGCUUUACUUGCCACUCUACCUUAAGGACCUGAUAUUAAAUCAUCCUGCCAUUUCCUUUUUAUUGGCAAGGCCUCUGAAUUUUGCACCUACAAAUGUCAAAUGUCAUCAUAUAGAUGAAGCACUGAUGUCAGCAGAACAUUUUUAAAAGACAUUGAAUUUGAAACGUAUGGUGGUGUUAUCCCUGCGCCGUGACCUUUUAUAUUGUGAAGCAAAGACGGGAGCUGAAUCCCUCCAUUAUUAAUCAGCUGAUGGAGUUUAUUCAGGUGGGAUGAUUAUGCAUGAGUCUGUCCCUGGUGGCGGGAUGGACCUUUUAUCUUCUAUCCAGGUUAAACUGAUGGAGGGGAUAAGUUAGACAAGCACUGAUUGGUCCUUGGACCUAUUCGAUACGAGUUGUCCAGACCUUGUGUGUGUGUGUAUAAAACAGUUAGCACCUUUGUAGUGACUGGACGUUUGGAAAUGUUGACACUUUUUUGUUAAGUGUUAUGCUGUGGCACAGAAUCAGUUCAUCAGCUGCUUGUAACUCAUUUUGUUUAAUAACGUCACAUUGACUGUGUUUACCUGACAAGCUUUGGUGUUGCAAUAUGAUAGUUAGGCACUGCUUUUAACAGUGGGUAUUUUAUAUUUUAUCACACCCUUUACUAUCUGUCUUCCUAUGAUGUGGAUAACACAUAUCUAUCCCGCAGUGUGAGCUAACUGCAACAUGUUUAGAGAGUACAGCAAUACACCAUAUUUAGCUGGUUUUGUUGGCUUGCUGAUAUUUUGAUAUUGAUGUGUCUUCUCAAAAUUGUAUGGCUUUUUUUCACUACUACUCCCCUACUUUUAUUUGUUUGCUUUGAAAAUGCUUUUUACAUAUUAUCAAAUCGGAAAAACAUUGAAAAAAUUUGUAGACUACAAAGAACAUUGUAGGCCUAUGUGUCGGCAUACACUGUUAUUUUAUCCAUUUUGAUGAUGCACAUAAAUUGAGCUUUUUCAGUACAAAAUGACAAACACAAUGAGAGAGUCCUUUAUUAUUACAUAUUCAAUAUGGGACAAAAAGGCAUAUGUAUGUGUUUGUUUCUGUAUUUAGUGCACUUACUAUACCAUGAAAUAGGCUUGAAAUAGGAGUGUUGUUGGAGCUUUCUAGUUACCCUGACUGUGUGUGGUGUGACUUUUGUACCUGGGGAAACAGCAGGCUCAAGUGUCUUCCCUUUGUCAGCAAUGUUAAUUCUGAAAUCAAGGUUAAUCCUUAGAAAUCCCCUUAGACAGUCAGAUAAUUUUAUCCUUUUAUUUGGACAACAGAUGUUCGUUUUGUAUGCUACCUACUUCAACACGGUAUCUGCCUCUGUUGUGGAGGCCAUUGUGAUGAAACUGUUGAGAGUUUAAAGAGAUGAUGUUGUAGCUCAUAACUGGUUAUGAUACAUAGGUAACAGGUGAAAUGAGACUAAUGAUGUAUUGAAGACUUCCAUAUCUAAAAUUAAGCUGUAUAGAACCUAACAUAGGAGGCAGAAAUGCCUCCUUUGAGUCUGAACUGUUACAAUUUUUCUCCCAAACUUGUUGUAUUACCUGUGCGUAAAUAUCCCUCAACUAAUUAAUAAAAGUUUGUUGACUAAA